AUGGUCCAAAUCGACUCGCUUCUGCACGCUGGCUACCACAACCCGACCACCCGCCCCUGGCAGGUUGAGCGCACCCUGACCAAGGGCUCGCUGAUGUACCCCAUCUUCAUCACCGACGAGGCCGAUGCCAAGAUUGCGAUCCCGUCGAUGCCCAACCAGUUCCGGCUGGGAGUCAACCGCAUUGAGGAGGUCAUCGGCCCGCUGGUGGCCAAGGGCCUGAAGUCGGUCAUGCUGUUUGGCGUGCCCAGCGACUCGGUCAAGGACGCAUUCGGCACUGCCGCCGACGACCCCAGCGGACCUGUUGUGCUGGCUAUCAAGGAGCUGAAGCGGCUGUACCCGGCCCUGCUUGUGUCGUGCGAUGUCUGCCUGUGCGAGUACACGUCCCACGGGCACUGCGGGCACCUGAACCCUGACAACACGAUCAACAACACCGCCAGCGUCAAGCGUCUGGCUGAGGUCGCCGUCAACUACGCCAAGGCCGGCGCCGAUAACGUCGCGCCCUCCGACAUGAUGGACGGCCGCAUCCGCGCCAUCAAGCAGGGCCUGCACGACGCCGGGCUGAGCCACCGCGUGUCGCUGAUGGCCUACAGCGCCAAGUUUGCGUCGGCCCUCUAUGGUCCGUUCCGCGACGCGGCGUGCUCUGGCGCCCAGUUUGGUGACCGCUCGGCGUACCAGCUGCCGCCGGGCGCGCGUGGCCUGGGCCGCCGUGCCAUCCAGCGCGAUGUGAACGAGGGAGCUGACAUGAUCAUGGUCAAGCCGGCCAUGUUCUACCUGGACAUCAUCCGCGAUGCCAAGGAGCUGGCGCCCGAUCACCCGAUCGCUGCGUACCAGGUGUCGGGCGAGUACGCCAUGAUCCACCACUCGGCCAACGCUGGCGUGUUUGAUUUCAAGACCGCCGUGCUCGAGAGCAUGACCAGCCUGCAGCGCGCCGGGUGCAACCUCAUCGUUACCUACUUUACUCCGGAGCUGCUCGACUGGCUGGAGCAGUAG